CCACAUUCCCUCUACUUCCCUAGAGAUGUUUAAGUAGAAUUGGGUGUUACAGUUUAAAGAAAACCUACCUUCCUUUGUUCCUUACAGGACUGGCUAGUUUUCCUCAUUAUCAUGGAGCAGAGCUAAUGAGUAAAGAUAUUUUAAAAAGUUAGCCCCAAACUUCAGCCUUGCAGAAUGGGAUGUCUGGGUAACUGUUAGUGACGUACCUUAUCUUCUGCUUUAUUUUUAGAUGCUCUUCUACAACGGGUAGCAGAAUUGGAAAAGGUCAAUGCAGAAUUUCUGCGCACAAAGCAGCAACUUGAGCAAGAAUUUAAUCAAAAGAGAGCAAAAUUUAAGGAGUUAUACCUGGCUAAGGAAGAGGACCUGAAAAGGCAGAAUGCAGUGCUGCAGGCAGCCCAGGAUGACCUGGGCCAGCUGCGCACGCAGCUGAUGGAGGCCCACGCUGAGAUGGAGAACAUCAAGGCCAUCGCCACCGUGUCAGAGACCACCAAGCAGGAGGCCAUCGAUGAGGUCAAGAGGCAGUGGCAAGAAGAAGUGGCUUCCCUCCAGGCCAUCAUGAAAGAGACUGUCCGUGACUAUGAGCUGCAGUAUCACCACAGGAUGGAGCAGGAGCGAGCUCAGUGGAGCCAGUACCGCGAGAACAUGGAGCGGGAAAUUGCAGAGCUCAGGAGGAGACUGUCAGAGGGCCAGGAGGAGGAAAACCUGGAAAAUGAAAUGAAAAAGGCUCAGGAAGAUGCUGAGAAGCUGCGCUCAGUUGUGAUGCCCAUGGAGAAAGAGAUUGCAGCCCUAAAGGAGAAACUGGCAGAAGCUGAAGAAAAAAUAAAAGCAGCAUCAGAGGUUAAAGAACUGAACCAUUAUUUAGAAGCUGAGAAGUCGUGUAGGACAGACUUGGAGAUGUAUGUGGCUGUUCUCAACACACAAAAAUCAGUCCUGCAAGAAGAUGCAGAGAAGCUGAGGAAGGAGCUGCAUGAAGUUUGCCAUCUGCUAGAGCAAGAGAGGCAGCAGCACAACCAGCUGAAACACACGUGGCAGAAAGCCAAUGACCAGUUCCUGGAGUCCCAGAGGCUGCUGAUGAGGGACAUGCAGAGGAUGGAAAUUGUGCUCACCUCAGAGCAGCUCCGGCAGGUGGAAGAGCUGAAAAAAAAGGAUCAGGAAGAAGAUGAUCAGCAAAGGCUUAGCAAGAGAAAGGAAGAGAAGCAAAAAGAUUCAGAUGAUGAAACAAAGGCUUCAUGUUCUCUGGCCCCUGAAGAAACCCUUACCCAGCUCUCUAAUGAAGAGGUGCAUGUGAACAGCACCCAUGGCUCAGUCCAUUCCCUGGAUGCAGACUUGCUUCUUUCCUCUGGCGAAUCCUUCAAUAAACCAGACACUGAUAUGUUUAAAGAUGGACUUAGGAGAGCACAGUCAACAGACAGUCUGGGCACAUCUGGAUCCUUACAGUCCAAAGCUUUAGGGUACAACAACAAAGCAAAAUCUGCUGGGAACCUGGAUGAGUCAGAUUUUGGACCACUUGUUGGAGCAGAUUCAGUGUCUGAGAACUUUGAUACGGCUUCCCUCGGAUCCCUGCAAAUGCCCAGCGGGUUCAUGUUGACCAAAGAUCAGGAAAAAGCAAUCAAAGCAAUGACACCAGAGCAAGAAGAGACUGCUUCCCUGCUCUCCAGUGUCACCCAGGGCGUGGAGAGUGCUUAUGUGUCCCCCAGCGGGUACCGCCUGGUCAGCGAGACAGAGUGGAACCUGCUGCAGAAGGAGGUGCAGAAUGCAGGGAACAAGCUGGGCAGGCGCUGUGACAUGUGCUCCAAUUAUGAGAAGCAGUUGCAAGGGAUCCAGAUCCAGGAGGCUGAGACCAGAGACCAGGUGAAAAAGCUGCAGGUGAUGCUGAGGCAAGCUAAUGACCAGCUGGAAAAGACAAUGAAAGAUAAACAGGAACUGGAGGAUUACAUGAAACAAAGUGCUGAAGACUCCUCUAAUCAGAUCUCCUUGCUCAUGGCCAAGUGUCAGAAGUCAGAGAAUUUCCUCAGUGAGCUGCAGCAGGCAUUUCUGCAAGCCAAGAGAAGUGUCCAGGAGCAAAUGGCUGUCCUGACACAGUCAAGGGAGCAGGUUUCAGAAGAGUUGGUGAGACUGCAAAAAGAUAAUGAAAGUCUUCAAGGAAAACACAGCUUGCAUGUGUCCUUACAGCAGGCUGAAGAUUUCAUUCUACCAGAAGCAACAGAGGAGCUCCGGGAGCUGAUCCUCAAGUACAGGCAGGACAUCAUCAGUGUGAGGACAGCAGCAGAUCACCUCGAGGAGAAGCUGAAGGCAGAGAUCCUCUUCUUGAAGGAACAGAUCCAAGCUGAACAAUAUUUGAAAGAAAAUAUAGAAGAAACUCUACAGCUGGAAAUAGAGAAUUGCAAAGAGGAAAUAGCUUCCAUUUCCAGUUUAAAAGCUGAAUUGGAAAGAAUAAAAGCAGAAAAGGAACAGUUGGAAAGUUCUUCACAGGAAAACCUGCAGCAGCUGGAGAGUCUGCAGGAGGCAAAGAAUGCUCUAGAAGAACAGCUGAAGAAGGAGACUGCAGCAAAGGCCAACCUUGAGCAGCUGGUGUUUGAAGAGAAGAACAAAGCCCAGAGGUUGCAGACUGAAUUGGAUGUCAGUGAGCAAGUGCAGAGAGACUUUGUAAAGCUUUCCCAGACACUUCAGGUGCAGCUGGAGAGGAUCCGGCAGGCAGAUUCCCUGGAGAGGAUCCGUGCAAUCCUGAACGACACAAAACUGACGGACAUUAAUCAGCUCCCUGAAACAUGACAGACACCCUGCUGGGCUCCAAGGCUGUGGCUGAGGUUUUUAACUCAUCUUUAUAGCAACAUUAAUUAUUAUUUAACUCUAACGAGAGAGCAGAAGACAACAGAGGGGAGCAAUGACUUAAGUUUUGUUUCUAGAGGGGAGAAAGGUUUCGUACUGGGCAGGAAGAGAGCACAAGGGUGACUUGUAGUGUAGGAAGGAGAAUUUCUAAUGGAAACACUAAUGAGUGCAGUGUUUCGUGUUCCACUGAGUGGGAUCAGUCCUUACAUUCUGAAAAACUUCCCUCUUUCAGCCGACUUCGUAACCUAAUCUAGAGUUUUGGAACAUAAACCCCUGUCUUUCCCUCUGUUCUUUCCCCCACUACUGUGAUCAAAGUAGCUGCUGGAAACUAUUGUCCCUCCAAAACGUUGAAGAGCAAAGUGGUUGAAGUUUUUCUGUUUGAAUAGUCAGUAACAGUAUUCAGCUAGCAGAGAGAAUGAGGUGUAGAGUAUGCUGUAUGAAUAUUUUAUAUUAAAAUAUGACUUUAUUAGCAGGACACUGGAUAUUGAUCUUAUUUCAUAACUCAGUACUUUUUUUUUUAAAAAACCAUUGGCUCUGUGAAGAAUUUGAAUGCUGCUGAAAUGUGGAUAUGAGUGAGCUGUGUAUCUCCUGAACAGAUAAAUGCUAAUCCAAAAGAAAAAGAACACUGUACUGAGAAUUUAACUCCUUGCCAUUUUUCUGUUGAAUUCAGAUACAGAAAGAAAAGCACAAGAAAUGCACUGUUUUGUAAUCUCUUUUCACAAAUGUAAUUUAGAAUAUGGAGCUACAACCGGUUGUUUCUCAUCUCCUAAAGCUGAGCAGUGCCUGGAAUCCCUUCUCUGUGGAAAAAAAAAAAAAAAAGAAACCAAAAACCAAGCAAACAAAAAACCCAAACAAAAAAGCCUGGUAAGAGUCAUGUGCAUGUCUGAGCAUUGGCCUGAGGUGGGGCAGGUGUGCUGUGCUCUGGGCUGGCACAAGGUGUGAAGGCAGGAGCUCUCUGGGAUGGUGCCCAGGGCAGUGCCAGCACCCAGGGCAGCACUGCCAGGCCCUCCUGGGCAGGGCACAGAGCUGCAGGAGCUGCAGGAUUGUGCUGCUGGAGGGGCAGUGCAGCUCUGUGCUGUCCUGCACUGCUGUCCCCUGCUUCUGCUCCCAGACUGUUCAAUUACACUCAGUAAUGUGGCAGCAGAGGCAGGAAAUUCUUGUGAUCACUCACUUGCCAGGUUUGGGUUUCUUGUUCUAUAAAUGUCCAGAGGUAACAUGAGCAUUCCUCCUCCUCCUCCUCCUCUCCUCCUGCACUGCUGGAGUUCCAUGCAUGCAGCUGGACACAUUCCUGAGCUGUUGCAGGUGUUGGUGAUCCUGGUGGUACAAACCCAAUUCUUGAACUUUGCAACUCAGUUAAAAGGAGGCUGAAGGAGCAGAUCCUGCUGUCCAAAACUUCUUAGUUUUUUCUCCAUUCCUUGAUGUUUUUUCUUCAUAUACUUGGCCAGAGAUCUGCUUUUCUUCAUCACCUUCAAAAGUGACAGAAAAUGCUCCAAACUGCAAUGCACAUGACUAUGUACUUUAAGUGCUUAAAUCCUAUUUUUAGCAGUGCAAAUCCUGCUACUGACAUCAAGUCAGAACCAGUGGUUUUGAAGAGGAAUGCCUUAAAAACAGCCAAAAAAGCAUCAUACAAGCUCAAUUCCUUGCCACUCAUUACAAAAAUUAAAGCAUUUUAUUCACCCUAGCAAUUAAUUCCCUUCAUAAUCCUGACACCCAAAAGCAAAUUUUCCCACCUUAGUAAUGACUAACAGAUGGCAGAGCUGUCAUGUUUAGAGAUGACACUUGCUGUCACAUAAAGGUGAUGUUGAAGUGUGGCUUGAGUCUUAUUUGGCAGUUACCAGAUUAGGGGUUUUUUACUCUUCCUCACUAUUUGCUGAGCUGUGGGUGACAGCAGCCAGGUCCUGAUGCAGAAAUCCAGGACCAGAUAUUUUUAUUCAGUUUCCAAUGGCUGGGUAGACUUUAGAGACAAAACUACAGGCCUUUAGUAGGAGCUGCAGAACAGAAAGGAAAGCUUUUUUCUCUGUUCCCACCCUCCUUUGCCAAAAUGUGUAACAGGUUACAAGGUUAGUUACUGUAACUGGGGCCUCAUCUGUGCAGGAGGUGUAAGGAAGCCUCUUGUAUGGCAAAACUGCACCACAUCCUGCACCUUCUUCAGCAAGCUGAGCUCUUUAGGAACUGCACCUUGAAGUCUUUCACAGUAAAAUAUUUUUGGUUGUGUUUCUGGAUGGUCCCAGUGUGAGAGAGCAGGGGAAGGAGCUGUUCUGGCCUUCCAGCAUCCCUUGCUGGUCCCAUGUCUGACCUGUUCUGAGCAGCCCUGGCUGUGCUGGCUCAGAGCCUUUCAGGUGCUGCAGGGCUGGGGGCUUUUCCUUGCUGUGUUUUUGUGGCUCGUGGGCACAGCUUUCCCCAGGUGUGGUGGUGUCAGGGCGAGCUCAGGGCUGCAGCCUGGCAGGAAGGAGGUGAGUGGGACACAUGCUUUGGGCUCCUUGGCAGCCCCAGGGCUGUGGGGCUGCUCCUAAAGGCAGCUCUGGGUGUGCACUGAGUGCUUUGGGCUCCUUGGCAGCCCCAGGGCUGUGGAGCUGCUCCCCAAGGCAGACCUGCAGCCCUGGGGCUGUGCAUGCACUGUGUGCUUUUCCUUGUUGGUGAGCCAGGCACUGCACAAGUCUAUGGAGGAACUUCCUUUGGUGUGGAGAGGAGGGCAGGCAGCUCUUGCAUGGUUUUUCCUUUUCACCUCCCUGUUCCAUCACACAGCCCAACACCUGUGCUCCUGUCCCAGUACCAGCUGUGACCAUUUUAGUGUUGGAACACGAGUCACCCUUUUCACCAACUGCUGUAAUGUCAGACUUUUAAACAAUUCAGUUGGAAAUUGGAACCCUGGCUGUUCACAGAAGUGGUGGGAGAUGUGCUCCCUGCAAACUGCUGUCCCUCCUGGGGGAAGGACAGCAAAGCUUCAGCAGCAGCAACUGAGCUUCUGCUGAACUCAGACUCAAAGGGGCCUUUAAAAGCAAAACAAGACAGUGUGUGCCAAAUUUGCAGAGCAAAUUUAACUGUAAAUGUAGGAAAAGCUCUUGGUGUAGAUACUCACUGGAUGAUGGAUUCUGGUGUUGCUGCUCGUGAACAUGAGAAAACAAAUGCUCUUCCUUCCAGUUCUGGGUGUUGUGGAGCGUGGCUGGGGCUGGGUGGGUUCUCCUGGCUCAGGCAGUGUCACUGCUCAGCUGUGCCAGGGGCUGAGCUGUUGGUGGAGGCUGUAGCAGGGCCCAGGUGGAGUUCUGUCUGCAUUCCUGUACCUGUAUAGUCUUAACCUGUACAAAGUGUUCUUGCAGCAUGUCUGGUACCCCCAGCAGUGCCCCCCUGUUUUAGCAGUGCAGUAACUCCUGUCCCCCCUGAGCUUCACCGUGGCACCUUUUCCAAGGGCAGGGGGGAGGGACAACAAUUCCUUAUUGUCCACUAGAGUCUGUCUACAGCAGAGACUGAAUUGGCCUUGUAAUGGCAAGAAGGACUGCAGAGCCAUCUUUGCAAAAGGCAAACAGUGUUUGGAAGUCAAUACUGCAUUCCAGUGAGCCAAGCCAUUGGUGUCCUGUGCAAUCGUGGGUGUAGAAUUCUGCUGUCUCCAGGAUUCCAGUGUAACCAUUUGUUAACUGUACUGAAGGUGUGUCCUUUAUGGAGAAAGUGUUCCAAAUUAAAAAAAAGCUGCUGAA